AUGCUCAUUCACGACACUCCGGCGCAACCAGCCCCUGAGGCUAAACGAAGUAAGUUGCCCCCCACGGCAAGGUCGAAUAAUUUGGUUGUUCGUGUCUCAAGGAUCAUGCCUCACAACAAAAAUGGAAAAAAGAAGAAGAGAGAAGGUGAGAACAAAAUAUGGAGAAGUCACUAG